AGCUCCACUGCUCUGUUUUUUUGUCUUUCUAUCUCUACUGAAUAAGCUCCACUGCUCUGUUAUUUUUUUCUUUCUCACUCUGUUGAAUAAGCUCCACUGCUCUGUUUUUUUGCAUUCUAUCUCUACUGAAUAAGCUCAAUUGCUCUGUUUUUUUCUUUUCUCUCUAUUGAAUAAACUCUACUGCUCUGUUCUUUCUCUGUUAUAUUCAAAAGGAUCUUUAAGGUUCUUAAAGAAAAUGACAUCUUAUAGAUCACAACCUAUGGUUUGCCCUCUCUCGCCGUGUCCCUCUCUCGGUAACCUUGUGGAAAGGAUCAAAGACGCAUGUCGUUUCCUCAUCACCGCUGUUCUUGGCACAAUCCUCUCGGCGAUCUUGACCUUCUUCUUCGCUCUAGUGGGCACAUUGCUUGGAGCACUCACAGGAGCCUUAAUAGGCCAAGAAACAGAGAGUGGUUUCAUCCGAGGAGCAGCCGUUGGAGCCAUCUCAGGAGCUGUCUUCUCCAUCGAAGUCUUUGAAUCUUCUCUCCUCCUCUGGAAAUCUAACGAGUCACGUUUCGGUUGCCUCCUCUACUUGAUUGAUGUCAUUGUUAGUCUUAUAAGUGGUAGACUUGUAAGAGAACGCAUAGGUCCAGCAAUGCUAAGUGCAGUUCAAAGUCAGAUGGGAGCUGUGGAUGCAACUUUUGAUGAUCUUUCAAGCAUCUUUGACACUGGUGGCUCAAAGGGAUUAACAAGAGAUGUGGUUGAUAAAAUACCCAAAAUCAAGAUCACUAGGAGAAACAACUUAGAUGAUUCUGGCAACAAAGACUCAUGUUCUGUUUGUCUUCAAGAUUUUCAAGUAGGUGAAACUGUAAGAAACUUGCCACAUUGUCAUCACAUGUUUCACAUGCCUUGUAUAGACAAUUGGCUACUUAGGCAUGGUUCUUGUCCAAUGUGUAGACAUGAUUUGUAACCUCUCCUUUCUUACUGUUUAUGCAGAGUGUCUUUUUUUGUACGGUCGUAUUAGUCUUUUUAUAUGUACAAAGAAGUUUUUGAAACUUUAGACCAAAUCUAUUUAAUAGAUUUGUGUUGGCCUCACCAAACUUUGAAGUGGUUGAGUUUUUGUCAAUAUUCUUUAGUUGUGACGUGAAGGAAAGAAAUUGAAUGCAACGUGUGAGAUAUUUAUCUUGCC